AUGAAGCCAUUCUCUCUCCUGGCGCCUUUCGCUAUCGUGGCGUCAGUCGCUUCGUCGGCAUUGCCCAAACGCGACGGAAACUGCUACUCUGACUGCCUGUCACAGGGCCAGGCCGAGUCAAUUGUCAAUCAAUACAUUUCCAUACUGACUCACACCAAUGUCACGGCCGCCAAUGCCACUGCGCAAGCACUCCUCGACGAGAACUAUACCGAGAUCAGCGACUCAAUUUUGUCGCUUGAGGGUCUACCGCUUGGAAACGCGACCUUUGUCGGCAAACAGGAGUACAUCAACGGUGUUCUGAGUGCCCAGGGAGUUGAGGGUGUUAAUACUCUCGAGAUCCUUGUUGCCGGCUGCACCAAGAUUCUCUGGUAUUGGCUCUUCACUGGUAUCGGAACUGGGCAGUACGAAGUCAAAGGGUUUAACUUGUUCACCUUGAGCGACGCGGGCCAAAUCGCCCAGGUGAACCUCGAGUUCAACAGCAUCGCUUGGGGCCUUGACACGGGAUAUCAAGUUAUUCCGCCUGCCGGAGGUGGCUCGCCGACUCGCAAAUGA